AUGUCAUCGCCGUCUCAACCCGCGCAUUCGACCUUGGCUCCGCUCUCCUCGAGCCGAUGGCUCUUGCUCAACUCUCGCCGCAGGUCGCUCGUCCUUCCCGAGGCACAGUAA